CCACCGGGGCCGCCCGGCCGGGGGUGCAGCGCCGGGGGCCGGCAGCCGCCGGCCUUCGGCUUCCUCUUCGACAUCGACGGCGUGCUGGUGCGGGGCAGCCAGGUGGUGCCCGCCGCCCGGGAGGCCUUCCGGAGGCUGGCGGGCGCCGGCGGGCGGCUGCGGGUGCCCGUCGUCUUCCUGACCAACGCCGGCAACUGCCUGCGGGCGGCCAAGGCCCGAGAGCUGUCCCAGGCGCUGGGGCUGCAGGUCUCUCCGGAGCAGGUGAUCCUGUCCCACAGCCCGCUGCGGCUCUUCAGCCAGUUCCACCAGAAGUGCAUGCUGGUGGCCGGGCAGGGGCCCGUGGAGGAGAACGCCCACAACCUGGGGUUCAAGCAUGUGGUCACCAUAGAGGCACUGAGGAAGGCGUAUCCCCUAUUAGACAUGGUGGAUCAGAGCCGGAGGCCAAAGGAGUUGCCUCCUCCACCCACUGGCUUCCCCACUAUAGAAGGGGUGAUUCUGUUUGGUGAGCCAGUGAGGUGGGAGACAAGCCUGCAACUUAUUAUUGACGUACUCUUGAGCAAUGGGAGCCCUGGGGCAGAGCUGAAAGAAAUACCAUACCCCCACCUGCCUGUCCUUGCCUGCAACAUGGAUCUCCUGUGGAUGGCUGAAGCCAAGAUGCCCAGGUUCGGCCAUGGCACAUUCCUUCUCUGCUUGGAGAACAUCUACAAGAAGGUGACAGGCCGGGAGCUGAAGUACGAGGCCCUGAUUGGCAAACCCAGCACAGUCACCUACCGCUAUGCCGAAUACCUGAUAAACGAGCAAGCCAAAAAGCAGGGCUGGAACUCUCCCAUCCGACGCCUCUAUGCAAUUGGGGACAACCCUAUGUCUGAUGUCUAUGGGGCAAACCUCUACAACAACUACCUCAAGUCAGCUCAACAGAACCAGGUCCAGGCUGGGGUGAAGAGGAGCCCACAAGCAGCCAGUCCCCAAACCGAGGACCACCUUGCAGUGGAGAGCUGCAAGUCAAUUCUGGUCUGCACUGGGGUCUACCGCCACAACGCAGAAGCUCCCAGUAAGCCAGAGGAGCGCAACACAGAGACUGUGUUCCAUGGCCAUCGGGACUUCGGCUUCGACCCCAGCCUGGUGGAGGCAUCUUACAUUGUGCAGGACGUGAAUGAAGCUGUGCAGCUUGCUUUCAAGAAGGAGAACUGGAGCUAGUGUUGAGACAGGUGUGCCUAAAGAGCUACUGUCAGGAAUUACAUAUAUAUAGUGGAGAAGGGAGGAAUGGGGAGAGACCUGGGGUGAUCUUUUAACCUAGCCAACAUGACAGAGAACUCUCCCUUUCAGCAUUAAAAGCCCCUCACUUUUAUUGAUACUCUUCUGCAAUCUUGCCAGCAGGCUUUUAACUGUGAACUUAAAUUGCUGUAAUCACAAAUUGAGCCAUAAUGGAAGCCGGAUACAAGGAGGACUCUUGUCCCAGCAAUCCCAGUUUUGUUCAGCUAUCAGAGUUCUUUCUUUCCCCCCAACCCUUUGUCUGUGAGGCUCAGGCAAGCCCACCCUCUUCCUUGCAAUCUAUUGGGGGAUGAAGCUCUUCCUUGUGCAAGGAGCCACCAUCAGUCAAUGUGCCAUUCAUACCAUGUGCCAUUUGUCCAGCCAGAAGUUGUGUUGUGGUGGCACUCUGCCAAGGGAAGGCUUUAAGUCUUAGCAUUCUUCCUGUAAAGAAUAAGUGCCUAUGGACUUUAACAAAUUCUUCUUGCUCGGGGAUAUGAUGCUGUGUCACUGUCAGUCUGAAACAAAGUCCCAUUUUGCAGUCAUCCAGCAGGAGAGGCUGGGCCCCUUGAAGCAGCAGUAGCCAGAGCAGCUUGCCACGUGGGAAGUCAUCCCACUGCCUCUUUGGCAUUCUGUGAACACUUCUGCUUUGUUGCAUCCUGCCUAGGGAGCCCUUAGCCUGCUCUCAAGAGCAGAGGAAACCACUGCAGAGUCUGAGUUUCCAGAGGUGUCUUUGCCCUCAGUGUUGAAGAAAGAGUGUGGCACCCACCCUGACCUCAGCUGGUGCAAGGGACAUCCCCCUGCUCCAGCUGACACGGCUUCCAAAGAGGGGCCCCUGAGAGCAAGGGACAGCCAGCACAAGUCACAGCCCAGCCUUGUUCUUCUCUGCAUGCAAGGAUUGAGAUAGGAGAUCAUCAAGCCAGGGUAGUACCUGAACUCGAAAUCCCCAUUCUUCAUCUCUGAUAGUACAAGUGUAUCUGUCCUUCACUUUAUUUUUUUCCUUUCUUCCCUCAUGUGGUUUGCAACUCUGGAAUACCCCAUGUGGUCUGAUCCCUGUUCCCUCCUCUUCCUGUAGCAUGCAGGUGGGGUCCCCCUAACAAGAACUGGGACUUUCCUGCUGAGGAACAUUUCCAUAUCCCUAAUGGCAUGCACCUUCUACUGACUGUUUUCCUAGCUCAGGCUAUCCAGAGGAAGAUCAAGCCCUGCGUUUCUUUAGACAAUCCAAAGAAGUUAAGCUUGGGAAAUCCGUGUGAAAAUUGGAUUAGCAAGGAGUGUCUUAAUUCCAGAGGAGCAUCAUGAUUUUAGAAACAUGUCAGUUUGCAUAUGCAGUAGAAAGCCUUUGGAGCCAGCACAAAUGAGUCAGUGUUCCUAGUUAUAUCCAGCUCACACCACACACAGAUCAGAAAUAGGCCUGCUCUGCCCUCACUUCCCUCCUUCCUGCUUAACCAGGCAGCUCCAAGCACAUGGUACAAGCAGAAUGUUCUGUGCGGAAGAACUGUGUAGUUCUUAAAAUCUCAGCAUCCAUCUGCUUCAGCAGCUUUCCAUCCUCUUGGUACUGAUGUGUCUUCCUAGGAAGGUCACACUGCAGAGCAGGCUCUUUCCUUACGUUAUGGCAGGCUCCAUGUCUGAAGGGGGCUGGGUGCACUCGGCGAUCCAGGCAAAGAGGCCCUUUUCCAUGGCUUACUUCUCCAGGCUUUAUUUUCUGAAUAAAUUCUCUUGGGGUGAAUUUACCUCUUGUGAAAUCAUAACAGGAAAGAGCCUCUUCACUAGCUCAGAUUCUUCUCCUUUGUCUUAUCAGGACAAGAAUCAUUUGGCUGCUUCUAAGAGCAGCUGUAAUGUGUGAAACACAAAUAUAGAUUUGAAUCUUCUGCCUUUCACUGGAGAGGAAAAAAUAAUUUCAUCUUCUUGCACAAAACAACAGCUUGCGUACUGUUCCCAGAAGUAUAAAUACAGGGAAGGACUUGGCAUAUAACAUAGGGAACAUCUUUCAGAUUUCAGAGCAUCUCCAGAGUCACAAAUGUGCUGUGGACCCAGUGUGCAAUACUGAAGGCCCAAGUCCCAUUUAUUCAUAAACUAACUGUUACGUCCCUCAGCUGCACUUUUCACAGAUGAUAUCCAGUGCCGGAAGAAUAAUGCUCCUUUUCCUUGCAAUAUUUGCAAAUCUGGGCGAUAACCAUCAUAGGAUUAGUCAGGAAUCAUCUUCUAGGCCAUAAAUACAUAGAUCUUGGAGAGCUGAUUGCUGGUGAUAGCUCCUGGCGAUGCCCUCCAAUUGGUAGGUGCUUCUCUGCAGAAAUACUGACGUCCGCCCAUCUGUGUGCACAGUGGCCUUUGGUAGAGCUCUUUCUUGUCCUUCAUUAAGACCAGGUGCUGCUGAACCAACGUUCCCUGAGGGGUGCAGUGCUACCGGAAUUGCUGUCCCGAGGGGAUUCUGGUACGCUGGUGGCUGCUGCUGCUGCUGCCAGUGGUAGCUUCGCAGAAGGAACACGCAGAGGGAUUUUGAGAAAUCACAGGCAGUUUGUAGUUUCCUUUUGACAUGCAUGGCACCUAGACAGAAGUGGGGUAGGUAUCAGGAGGAAGGAGGCAGGGGCCUGUCCAGCAAGGGAACAGGUUUGCAUUUGCACAGAGAGUGAGAAGGCACCUCCAUCUUUAGAACAGUGGCGAUGGAGAACUGACUGAUGUGAAUCUGCCUUGGAUUAGCUCCAGAUUUUUUUAAAACUAUGUUAGUGUUGAAGUAGUGCUCUGGGAGUCUUUAAAACACGUAGGAGGAAAUUCACUGAUAGGGAAUUCAAGCGAUACUUCACUUGCAAGUUGAAAUUGGGCAGAGGGGAGGAGAAGAAAUCUAGAAAAAUCUUGAAGCCUUUCUCCAAUUCUUACCAAGCAAGGCUGCAUCAAAGGCUCUCCUUGUAGGUCUGUGCACUAAUUAGAUAGGCUACCCUUGGUCUGAGCAAGAGACCUUGCCCUUCUUCCCCUGCUCAGUCCCUUGAAACUGCUCUUUGUUAAGGUCAUUUCCCAGGAACUGUAUAGGCACAGUGGAUGGAGUAGGAAAUCUGGGUUCUCCUGCUGCUGUCUGAUACUGACUUGGUUAUUUCUAUUGAGGAAAGUGCUUGCCAGAUCUGUGUUCCGUCAGUGUUGGGGUAGUGCGCUGUUCAGGCUCCUAGGCUAUCUGCAGUUCAUCUACAGGACAUGCUAGUGCUAGAAUUCAGUGAAAUCCUUUUUCCUUGGAAAUGCAGUUUCCUGGAAUUAGCUUCAAGUUUGGCUGGAACAUAUCCUUCUGUUUUUCUCGUGUAUUGCACAGAUGUGGUGUUUCAGAUGCUGUAUUCCUCUGGUUCGGAGUAAGCAUACUUCUGUGCAGAAUUUUGGACCAAGCAGGAGAGGGGACUUGACGUGUUCUUCUGAUUCCUUAAUGUUUAUAUGGUGCACUACCCUAUGCAAUGAACAUGGUGAAGUCCGGAUCCUAACAACUCCAUCUUCCACAGAUGGAUCGGUUUUAGUCAAGCUUAAAGGGGAUAUGUGGUGAGAUGAGGCAACUGAGAAUAGCAGGGAGGAUCUGAAGGAGGGACAGACUUCAUUUUGGAUCUGAAGCAGAGAGCUUUUAUGUCAUGUAAUAACAUGGUGGCCAAAGAAGACAAUUCCUUUAAUCGACAGGGCACAUGCAACUAUUAGCCUGGCAUUCAGGGAAUCAUAUAACACUACUGUACCCUUCAUUCUAAUCUUAAUCCUGGUGUGUCUUUCUGCCCUUCCCUCCCCCUACUCCCCAUAAAUGGAUAAUGUUUCAGAUUAUGUCAUGUGCACUGUAGCAGGGUGAUUAUCUAUGGUACAGAGAAAUCACAAGCUGUGAUUGUUUUACCUUUCACAUUAAGUUUAACCCAGUCCCAGAGCUGCUUCUUUUAACUAGCACAUAUAAAAUUAAUAAAGGGGUUUUCUUUAAAAUAAAUUUUAGCACGUGGUGUGUGCA